AUGACCGUUCCUCCGCCCUCUCCUCAGAGCGUGGUAUUAUGCGAUCUGUCGGAUGAUAUGUCACUAUCAUCCGUCCCCGAGUCCAGCUGUAGCUUAGGGGAUGGGCCUUUCCUCGACGCUCCCGGGACGGACGGGAAGAAGCGAGGCCGAUACUUCUACUCUGCUGAUAUGCUAACAUUCGCAGUUGAAGAUGCUGUGUAUCGCGUUCAUGGCUAUCUGUUCACUCGGCAUUCUUCCCACUGGGCGUCCGAGGCGGCUCAACUGGAUAUCUUCUCCGAGCCGCACGUUCUUGAUGACGUGACAGCUCGAGAGAUGGAGGCCUUCUUGUCCAUACUGUAUCCAUCCGAUCUGAAGGGCCAUGAUCCCUCUUCCGUCGAAGAAUGGUCAGGCGUUCUGCGCCUGGCUACAAAAUGGGAAUUCACCAGUAUGCGUCACAUCGCGAUCACCAAACUGGGACGUCUGGCUUCUCCUCUUGAGAAGCUUAUCUUUGGCCGCGCCAUGGACGUCCCGGACUGGAUCGUACCGGCACUCGUCGCGCUUUGCGCGCGUUCCGAGAUGCUUUCACUUGACGAGGCGAGGCAGUUAUCGCUUGAGGACGUGUUGCGCAUCACUUCAGUUCGGGAAGAUGCGUGGCGUAACCCGGACCCCUCCUUCGCGCCUUCGCAAACGGCUAUUGCCGAUCGCCUUCAGACUAGAGGACCACCUUCACACUUGUCUCCUCCACUACCCACUUCUCCCCGCGCGCCAUCUCCUGCACCCUCGUCGGCGGCGGCGCCAGUUCUCGGCCCUGCUGGUGCUGCGCCGGCGCCUAUCAUGGCGACGCACGCGAGCGAGGCACCGCCCAAGUCAAAGCCCGGCGCCAUUAUUCCCGACUCCUCUCACGGCAACGAGUCGCAGCUACAGCUCUCAUCCGAGGAACCCCCUAUCCCAUUGAUGUCCCCCGCUGAGUUACAGCAGACUCUUCAACGGCUGAUGAACUUGGACCAAGACUACGAAGAGGCUGCCCGCCUUCUUCAGGACAGCAGCGUGUCUGCAUUCUCCCAAUUCCUGCUCGACGGGUCCAAAAGCACCCCAGGAAGCGGCCAACAAAAUGCUCUCACGCUCUGGCGCUUCUUGAAUGCUGCUCUGAAUCGAGCUGUCUCGCGGUCCAGCACGGAUAUAUCGAAGACCGUGACCGCGCUCGUCAAAACGAUAUGUAACGAACUUCAAACACGGACAGCCGAUAUGCAGUCCAGGCCAAGGAAAACUUUUAGCUUCCAGAGUACCUCGCAGGGCCAACUGCACAACAUGCUGAGAACCAUAUUCAUAUGCGUCGGUCAAUUCUGGCGCGACGUGGAGCAGGCGUGCGCUGCCUAUGGGAACUUCGGACUUGGUUACGCCUCCGUAGCGCUGAAGACAUGCCCAUGCAAGCGUAGUGAAACCCCAGGCUCAGCUGGUUUUGCGAUGACUCACCAGGAGAUCGCGUACAUCAUAGCCAUUCGGGAUGUGGCCAAGUCAGAGCGUAGGACCAAUAUGGCGCGGGAAGCGUAUAAUCAGCGAUGCGCUAAGCUACACGAGUUGCUGGUGUCUUUCGCCGACGCUCAAAAUCUCACCGAGGCUGUCCCUUCUUUCCUCCCUUGUCCAAUUCAGGGUUACUGA